UAGGGGGUGUGGCCAGUGAGUCUGCAGAUCCUACAUUAAACAAAGCCCCAAGAUCAGAGCUCAGGCAGAGCUGUGUGCGGUCUGAGACGGGAAAUGGCAUCUAAAGCAGUGAGUGCACUUAUCACAGGAGCCAACAGGGGUCUGGGCCUGGAGAUGGUGAGACAAAUGGUGGAGGGGCCCAAAGCCGUGAGAAAGCUGUUUGCCUGCUGCAGAGACCCAGACGGACCCAGGGCCGAGGACUUGAGAACAUUGGCAAAGAAGUAUUCUAACAUCAUCCACAUCAUUCGCAUGGACGUCAGUGACCUUUGUAGCAUACAAGAGAGCGUUCAGCAGGUGGGCUCUGUGGUGGGAAAGGAUGGUCUCAACCUGCUGAUUAACAAUGCAGGGGUGCUGACCAAAGAUGUCCUGCUUGAAUGCAGUCCAGAGGACAUGCAGAAAACUUUUAACACCAACGUCAUUGGCCCCAUGAACAUCAUUAAAGAGUUCCUGCCUCUCCUUCGCACUGCAGCAAAGACUAGUGAGAUGCCUGGGAGGUCCAGCAGAAAAGCAGCUUUUGUGAGCAUCAGUUCCACUCUGAGCUCAAUGGAAUUGGUGAAAGACUCAUAUGCCUACUUCCCUGCUAUCUCUUACCGCAUCAGCAAGGCAGGUCUGAACAUGCUGACACUGUGUGCAGCAGAUGAGCUGAAGAAGGAUGAGAUCCUGUUCUCUUUGCUGCACCCUGGCUGGGUGCGCACUGACAUGGGUGGAGAGGACGGGGACAUUGAUGCCCAAGAGAGCGUACAGGGGAUGCUUCGUGUGCUGGAUUCCCUGACUGAGAAGCAGAAUGGAUCUUUCUUGGAUUACAAAGGCAACACCAUCCCCUGGUAGUACAAAGAAACCACAAUGUGUUUCAAAAGCUGCAGUGACUCACUUCAUGAACCCAAGGGAAAUACAAUAAAUCAUCACUUGUUACUUUG